AUGAAUUUAACCGGUGAUAUACAAGCAGAAAUGCUUGGCAUUGUCUACGAGUUUCUAUUAACGAUAAAUAAGCCGCUAGCGCAAAAAUUUCAAGCGAAGACACAAGCGAAAUCGGCACCAGGUACACCGUCCCUGGUUGAGAUUGUAACCCAGUACAAGAAGCUGCAAAAAAAUACCACACCAGCAAAACAAAAGAAGCAAGCGUCAGAUAGUUCUGAUGAUUUGAGUGAAGAUGAAGCUCCACAAAAAAAGGGAACAGUUCAAGUUAAUGGAAAAGCACCAGCAAAGGUAACACCUCAAGCAAAAAAGGAAUCUUCUGAUGAUUCUGACAGUAGUGAUGAUAAUGCCACAAAACAACCUAAAAAACAGCCUGUAAAACCACAAAUUGCCAAUUCGGGGACAAAGACAGUAAAAAAGCAAGAAUCAUCAGAUGACAGUUCUGACUCUGAUGAUGCAAAAUCAAAACCACAACCUAAAGCAACAUCAGCUAAACCUGUUACUAAACCCAAAGACAUAUCUUCGGACAGUGAUGAUAGUGAUGAUGAAAAACCAAAACAAGCACAGAAGCCUGCCCAAAAAACAACACCAGCUAAAGCUUUGUCAGCAAAAAAUAAUAAAGCAGUCAAAAAGUCUUCCUCAGAAGAUAGCGAUGACAGUAGUGACGAUGAGAAACCUCAGCAGAAACCACAACCUAAAGCCACAAAACCCAUACCUACAAAAGCUGCACCUAAAGAAUCCUCCUCUGAUGGUAGUGACAGUGAAGAUGAAAAACCCAAACCACAACAAAAGAUAACACCUAAAGUAACUCCUAAGCCUUCUGCCACACCAGCGAAACCAGUUGCUAAGCAAUCAUCAUCAGAUGAUAGUGAUGAUAGUGAAGAAGAAAAACCAAAACCUGUGCAGAAACCAGCAGUUACAAGCAAACCUGUGACCAAGGAGUCAUCAUCAGAAGAUAGUGAUGAUAGUAGUGAAGAUGAAAAACCUAAGCAGGUCGCAAAAGCAGCAACUAAACCAGCUCAAACUACACCUGCAAAAUCCAAACAAGAGUCCUCUGACAGCGAAGACAGCAGUGAAGAUGAAAAAUCUAAACCUACUCCUAAACCACCCGUUGUUAAGAAACCCCAAGAGAGUUCAUCUGAUGACAGCAGUGAUGAAGAAGCACCCAAAACAGUUGCAAAAGUACCAGUAAAGCCGGCAGCUAAGCCUACAAAGAAAGAUUCAUCAUCUGAUGACAGUGAUACUGAUAAUGAACCCAAAAAAACAGUAGCUACACCAGCAAAAACAAAAAAGGAAUCUUCUGAUGAAAGUGAUGACAGUAGUGAUGAUGACAAACCUAAAGCAGCUAAAGUACCAAAAUUAACAGCCACACCAUCAAAAGCUGUUAGUACACCAGCAAAAAAAGAUAAUUCUGAUUCGUCCUCUGAUGAUAGUGAUGAUGAUGCUCCACCUGCUACAAAGAUAGUUAAAAAAGAACCUAAGCAAGCUGAAAAUGGUUUUCAAGGAAGUAAGAAACGAAAGGCUUCAGAGGCAGAAGAAUCUACACCGGCCAAGAAGCCUUACAACAACUUUGUAAAGGGUACAGGUGUAGUGUCCACUCCAUUAGAAAAUGAAAAGGUUAAUAACAAACCAGUUCCGUUUAGGAGGGUAGCAUCUGAAAAAGUUGAUGUGGAUCCUAGACUUAAAGACAACUCUUUUGAAGCUAAGGUAAAUGCCCUAAACUCUACAAGUUUGAUGAGCCAAGACAACUCUAUGAGGGUGAAAACGAGAAUGAAGAGAACAAUGGUGAAGAUGCUACCGACGGCAAAUCCAAUGGGUGGCAAAACAGGGGCAGAGGUGGUUUUCACCGUGGCGGUUUUAAUGACAAUCGGGGUGGAGGAAGAGGCGGUUUCAGGGGUCGCGGUGGAUUCAAUGACAGGGGAGGCAGAGGGGGUCGCGGGGGUGGUAGAGGCGGUGGCCGAGGAGGUGAAAGAGGAGGGUGGGGAGGAGGUAGAGGCGGUGACAGGGGUGGACGAGGCGGAAGAGGGGGAGAUAGAGGAGGCAGAGGUGGACGUGGUGAUAGACACUCUUGGGGCGGUGGUGAUAGGGGAGGUUUUAGAAACAAUUUCAAUGACAGAAAGAGUUUUGAUGGGGGUGAUAACAAACAAAAUAAAAAAAUUGUUUUCGAUAACUAGAGCGGAGCGCGUGGCUCUUGGGGUGAACGUGCUAAUCUAG